UCUCUUUCGCUUUUGGGGAGGCACGAGGUACGUGACUACCUCGUUCCUCGCAUUGUGAGCGUCGCCCCUUCCUGUCCCGAGUCUUUCGACCUCCCCCGUCCCCCAUCGUCGCCCGUCCCGUCCGUCCAUCCUCACCCUGGGUGCGCUCUGGUGCGGCAUCAUCCUCCCACCACCGCCACCACAACCACAUCCACCUCUUCUCUCCCACCCCCCGUCAAUCAAAUCAAGUAA